AUGAAGCAAGGAACCGCUGCAACUGGCUGUAACCGCGGGCCAUCAGAAAGCAAGUUGCUGCUGCUGGGCGAGCAUCGGGCGAGGCUAAGUGCCAGGCUUUAUGCGGCCGUCCUUGCCGAGCGAAGAGCCACGGCAACAGGCGGCGCGCCCGGCCUUGGCAAAACCAUGGCCGAGAGCCUCCUGAACCUCUCCGAGGAGCGAUCACCGGACGAGGACCUGGACUUCGCCGCGGUUUCCGUGCAGCUGGCACCCGAAUCGCGCAGCAGCACCGGCUGGUCCGAACGGGUGAGCAAGGUAGCGAAGGUGUCAGAGGCUGUGCUGGAAGUUCUUCCUGGAGGUCGCAAGGCUAUCCUGGGAGGGGACAUGGAGGAGCGACGGCGAGCGCGGAGCUUGCUCGAUCUCCUCCCGAAGGUCGGCCCAUUCGGCGACAUCCCGACCAUUCCAGCUGAGCUCGAGGACUGGUCGUCCCACCUGCGAGUGCCCAAGGUCGCCGUUCAAGCGGUGCGGGAUACUUUGCAGAAGAUGGACCAAGAUUCAGGUGUGUUAGGUUUUUGGCUGCCGCCGAACAGCGCGGCUCCACGUCGCAAGGACGAGGCGUCGUGGCAGCCUGGGGCCGUCUUGGAGGCGCAGUACCGGGGCUCCUGGCAUUCUGCGAAGCUGAUCGCUCGCCUGGAGGAGACUGCGCAGAUCACUUGGGACUACAACGGGAGCCAGGAUGAGGUGUCCUUGGAGCAAGUGCGGCUUCGUUCGGUGGCCCCGAGGGCUGAGCAUCUCAGGACUGCUCGCGUCCUGGUCCUCGUCGGGCCCGAGCGCUGCCGCGUCCGCGCAGCGCUGGCGGCCAUGGCGGAAACGGAGACCUCCUGUCCCGGUUUGUGGACUGGGGCGGAUGCGCCGAAGGAGGAGGCAAAUGUGGAGAUCUGCGACGGGUGGCCCCAGGACGAUUCGCCUUUGGCCCUCGAGAUCCUGCCACUCCCUGCCGGCGAGCUGGACACCGGGUGGCUCCAGAGCACUGGCGGCUCUCAGGCACUGCGCACCGUCGAGGAGGCCGCUUACUGUGCCCUUCAGCUUCUUCGGGGAAGCGCAGGAACCACUCUCCUUCUUGCCGGCUCGCAAAUCGAGCGGGAAAGAGCUCAGGAGAUGUCUCAGCUGUUGAGCGGCACUCUGAGUGUCAUGGAUGCCGACAUGCGCGACGAUGUGCUGCUUGUGCUGUUGCCGGUUGCGGGAUCAGGAUUCGGAUGCCUUAACACUGCUACUCGAGUCGAGAAGUUUUCGAUAUUGAGAAGAAGUAACAAGGGUGGGGGCAGCGCCUUGCCUCAGGGCAUCAGGAGGCUCCUCGUCUGUGGAAGCUCCGACCUCCGCAGAGCGCAUGCUGCCAGUCAGGCGCGGCGCAUGGGCGAAUCCCAGGACAGACCAGUUGCUACGCCUGCUUCGCAGACGAGAUCCAGUGCAUGGGAUGUGCUGGCUACCAUCCCGUGGCCGCAGAGCAUCAACGAGUGGGGCAAGCUUGAAAAGCAAAUCUGGGUGGGGUAUCCAAAGCUGAAACCUGGCUAUGUGCGUUGCAUGUCGAAGACCCACAAGCGUGAGUACUAUGUCCGGCUUGCCGACAAUACGACAACCUUCGACGAAUGCGAAGCCCUGGCGUAG